ACAAACUGCUCUUACAUGAAAUUAAUGUCAAUCAAUAUUUUUUUUUUGUAUUCCACUUUUAUCAAACUCAUAUUUUAAAAUUAUAAAUAAAAAAUAUUAUUUUCUAUCUGGUUUUUCUAGCAAAAAAAAAUUCUUGCAUAAUAAAAAAUAAAAUUUAAAUUGUAAAAAAAAAGGCAAAAUUUUUAGUAAUAAAUUAAAAUAGUGCAGCUGUUACUUAAGACUUAAAAGCAAAACCUAGCAAAAUGCUUGUAACCACCUACCAACACGACUACGUGCCGCCCUACACCAAACGUUAUGAGUUCGUCAAAAAGCUAGACAAAGCGGAAAAGGAAAAAGAGGAGUGUCAAUGCAUUGAUACAGCAAAAAUCGAAGUGCCCAAAGCCGCACAAGAGAAGUGCGAAAGCACCGCGGAAUGGACUGGCAUUGCACCGAUGGGACGACUCAUCGAUCCACGCAUCAUACCGACCAAACUAACACCCGAACAAGCCGACAACUUAGCCAAAGACACGGAUGGCGAUUGCUUUAAAGCGCAACCGAAUCGUUUUCUGCAAAUACUGCGCACUGCCUAUCCAGAUUUGUAUGAUCGCCUGAAGCAAAUGCCUAAAGAUGAACUGAAUAGACGUUUGGAGCGUCAACGGCUCUUUACCACAUAUCAAAUUGAUUAUUGUAAUAUGAACGAAUAUCCGGAGGGUAUAUAUGAGAGUCUCAAAGAGAAGGAUGACACCGCUAAACUCAACGCAACGAAAUUACUGCAGAAAGAGGGCGCUUGCGAUGUCUUCCGCGCCAAUGUAAUGAAGGAAUUGGACAAUCAAACACGCAAUCCGACCAUCACAGAUCCCUGCGAACACGCGUACAAGCCGUUCAAGAUCUCCUUUACGGACAGCGCACGCUUCAUCAAUAGCGGCAAUAAUUCGCAUUGGCGCAGCAAAGCGUUUGUCACACGCACCAAUUUCUCCGAGUAUAUGGAAACGAUUAGCCGCAAUGGUUGUGUUAUUAUGAAAAAUAACAUACAUGAUCACAGCAAGUGCGGCAGCAAUGGCAAACACUGCCGUCAUCCGCUGCUGAAUGUGUGCAUAAAUCAUGUGCGCUGAGUGCAGAGUGUGCGGAAUGCGUGCAGAACUCAAGUUUGU